AUGGUACCUCCUCCGGUCUACAUUCUCCUCAAACUCCAGUCCUCCACGAAGACCAAACCGGCCUACAAGAUCGCCGAGAUUACCCCCGCCGGCUGGCCCUCCGAUCACCGAGAAGACGAGCUCAACAAUGUCUAUGUCAGUACUGUGGUGACGCACACCACUGCCAGGGCCGUAGAAAAGUUCGACGUCAAGAUUGAAGGACCGAAGUCCGGCGACUGUAUAGUAUCUAUCGAGAGCUGGUCCGAGGAUCGGAAGGCCGUGGAGGAGAAGCUGCAGCAGCAGCAGAUCAAGGAUCUCAUCGCCGUGAGGCAGAGGGAUGGGAAGGUUUUAAAGCCGGAGUGGAAGCAUGGAACUGAUGGAGUGUGUGGAGAGGUGAUGGUCAAGCUCGAAGACUGGACUUAUGUUUGGUUUGAUGUUGUAGAGGUGCGGAUUCGUCCGUUGGUGGACUAUAUAGGUGGUGUGGAGCAGGCCCAAUACCGCGAUGCUAGUCUAGAGCGCGGCAUGAGCGUUGGCGGUUGA